CAGUCUACGGCUCUGGGAGGGAGAGGUAGUCACUGCCACUCACUACUCACCCUCUAUUUUAUUAUUAGCUCACUUGGAUCUGGCAGCAGGGCUUUUUUUCUCAGCAGCAGUGACUUUGGCAUUGCGCAACCUAUUAGCUCUCAGGUAAAGGUGUGGGACAACAGCAGAGAGAAGCGACCGAUUUGGGGUCAAUGGAAACGGCUGCUGUAGGUCAGGUAGGAUUCAAUUUGAUGGCCCUUUAAUUGAAGUCCACACCGUGUUUUAACGUCGCGCACUAAGCUCCGUUUUCCGCGUUCCCACAAUCAUGUUCAAGACGGUCAAUUACCCGUCGGUGGAUCCCGCGCCCACCAUCAUGCACGGCACUUGGUUUGCCACGGGGUGCCGAGAAAACACGCCCGUGGCGGUGGAGAAACCUAAGAAAAAGGCGUUCAGCCUGGUCAAAAUCAUGUCUCUCAGCAACAAGAAAGGGCACGGCCAGUAUCCGCACCACAACAACAACAUGCCCUUUACGAUCCACUGUCACAUCGGGAAAGAGAUCAAGCACAUUUGCAGCAACUGCAGCCGCGGGAACGACACACAGGACGCUGAGGAAGUAGAGAGGCUGGCCGCCAUGCGUUCUGAGUCCUUGGUCUCUGGCACCCACACUCCACCUAUCCGUCGACGGAGCAAGUUUGCCACUCUGGGACGUCUCCUGAAGCCCUGGAAAUGGAGGAAGAAGAAGAGUGAGAAAUUCAAGCAGACUUCUGCUGCGCUGGAGAGGAAGAUGUCAAUGCGACAGAGCAGAGAUGAGCUGAUCAAGAGAGGAGUGCUGAAGGAGAUCUUUGAAAAAGCAACCGUUGAAUUCCGAUCCUCGAUGGAUGGUGGAGUCUGCACUCAGGAGCCCUCUAUUAAGUCAUCCAUGGUCUUGCCUACUAAGAAAUCGGUCACCUACUCAAGUGACCUUCAGGACACCCCCGCCAAGCCGCCGCUGUACCACAAACAGCCUCCUGCUCUCCCUCCAAAGCCUUUCUCUAGGAUCCCAAACCAUAGCACAGAUUCUUGCCAGCCAAUGAAGUUGCCCUGUAUGCCUGGGGGAAAGCACUCUCCACCUCUGCCUCCCAAGAAAGUGAUGAUUUGUGUGCCUCCAGGGGGGCUGGACUCCUCCAACUCCCCUUCUCCGUCCCCCAACCCCCUCAGCGGUCUCCCCCAAAAGUGCGUCCCUCCGCAGGGCAUGUCGUCCCACCACGGCACCCUGCUGCCCUCCCAGCUCGCCGGUCUGUCCAGUCUUCACCAGAGCCACGGUCACCCGCUCCAGCUCCAGUACGGCAGCUUGCACGCACCCAGCCGCAUCAUCGAGGAGCUCAAUAAAACCCUGGCGCUCUCCAUGCAGAGGUUUGAAAGCUCCGCAUUGCACGGCGGCGGUCAGUGUAUGCCUCUGGACAGACGAGAAGUGCCGUCUGUGAUCAUCGACUAUGAGGACGACAAGGAGAACAUGCCCAAUGAGUCAGACUACGAAGAUCUGCCCAGCAUGUACAAGGACGAGGACGACGACGUGGACGAUGACGAGGACGACGACGAAGAUGACGACUCCAUAUUUACAAGUACCCUGGCUCAGAAGGUGCUCAGGAAAGACUCUCUGGCCAUCAAGCUGAGUAACCGUCCAUCCAAAAGAGAGCUGGAGGAGAAAAACAUCCUGCCCAUGCAGACAGAUGAGGAGAGACUGGAGUCUAGGCAGCAGAUAGGCACCAAACUCACAAGGCGCUUGAGUCAGAGGCCCACAGCAGAGGAGCUAGAGCAGAGGAACAUCCUCAAACCUCGCAAUGAGCAAGAGGAAAUGGAGGAGAAGAGGGAGAUAAAACGGAGGCUAACGAGAAAGCUGAGCCAAAGGCCCACAGUAGAGGAGCUGAGACAGGCCAAAAUUCUCAUCCGAUUCAGUGACUAUGUGGAGGUGUCAGAUGCCCAGGACUACGACAGGCGGGCAGAUAAGCCCUGGACCCGGCUCACAGCAGCUGACAAGGCAGCUAUACGGAAGGAACUCAAUGAUUUCAAGAGCAAUGAGAUGGAAGUGCACGAGUCAAGUCGCCAUUUAACCAGGUUUCACAGACCAUAGUAGACCACCACUGUCUCGAGCAGUGCCGGAGCGGCGCUCUCCUCCACUGAGAACCUUAAGUGCUGGACAGUAAAAUGGUGCCCGUUUCUACAAUAAGGCCAUGUCUUCUGAAAUGCCUUUUCAAGACCCACACAACUGAGUCGGUACUACACCACAAGAUGCAGACACCCACUACUCUAUCCACUGUAGUAGCACAUAAUGACUCCAGUUGAUUCACAUCGCCCCUCUGUGGAAAUUGCUCGACUGUCUCUUCAACCUCUCUGCUGAGCUCUUAGGCAGGCGCUCAGUUCUGCGGCGAUUUCGACGGCGGGAGAGAAUUCGUUUGCAAUUGACUGACACUUGCGAAAUCUGCUGAGGGCAACCGUACCUUUUUGGUUCAUCAAUAACACACCAGUGGACUUGUCUCAGUGGACUUAUUUUUAAUCCCUCCUCUUUAUUAUGCCGUCCUCCUCCCCCCUGAUUCCUCUAGCCCUUAUGGACAACUCUGUGCCAGGAUGCAGGGUUGAUUGUUCUGAGCUCACCAUAUCAGCAGGAGAUUCAUCUUCACCGCACCUGCUGGGACUUUGGAAACUGCUUAGAACGACACACAGGAGGGAGGGAGGGGUCCAACAUUAGAAUCAUGUGCAAUAUGUUUUUUUUUUUUUCUUCUGCUUUUCUCAGACUAUAGCACCCCCUGGAGUCCCCUCUGUGUCAUUACUAUGUAGUCCAGACUUCUCUUCAACCCUCAUAUGUGCAAUUCUCACUGUACCGACAAUGUUGACAUCUAAUUGCUAACUGUGAAUCUGGGAGUUUGGGCAAAGCCUGCGCUCUCUCCAAAUGUACAUUUUGUUUAUACUAAGGAAGGAAAGUAACAUUUAAAGAAGAAUCAUGCUUGACCAAGCUUCAUUCAUGUCAGAAUCUUAUAAAUUUCAUGUAAGAAUUGCAGCUGGCAGAUAUAUUCUGGUUCCAGUGUGUGCAACAAGUAUCUGUUUUAUAUUAUUUUGUUAAUUUUUAAUUGUUAAUUUUUUUCGUUUUUUUAUAGAGGCAAUUCAUUUACAUGUUGCUACAUGUUCCCACUCUUUGGAUUGAUGAUUUUUAAAACAAAAUACCAAGAGUUACGCUCGCCACAUUAUCUCUUACAUUUCUUUUUGUUUGCAGCAGUGUUUAAUGAUCUUUGCUCAUAAUGUGCAUUGUAUUAUACACUUAAACUAUACUUUUUUUUACUCAUGUCAUAAUACGUUUCUGAUCAAGCAAUAUUUGUUGUUUGUAGAGAAAAGGUUAAACUGCAGGUGUAUCCCCACCAUUUUUUUUUAUUGUGCUUAUACACUCCGCCUCACUUCAGGGUUUUAAUUUUCUUUUAUACUUUACUUUAGGAAAGCUUUAUUCAGGAGGACUUUUUUCUGCAUUUUUCUUGACUGAUCCACCUAAAAAAAAAAAAAAGGAAAAAAAAGACAAACCUGCCUGUUCAACAGCUCACCAACACAUUCGGACAAGAUUUGAUUCAAUUCUCAAAUCUAUCACUGAAAUGACACAUUCUCUGGUAAAAAAAACAAAAACAAACAUAAAAACAACAACAAAACAAAACAUGACACUGAUUUUAGUGGAUUCAACGAGUCAGGGUUUUUACAUUUUUAUUGCAAAAAUUCUUUGCACUGUUAAGAGUUUGGCUUUACAACGGUCACCGUUUCAAGGUCAGGGCCCAAGUGUGUAAAAUAUUGUUGGAUUUCUGAUCUGUGACCAGUUUGUCUUUUCACUUUAAUGGUCUUGUUAUCUGAUCACUGAUCCUACACCAGUAUUCCAAUGCUCAUAAGCUUUAUGUACACAGAAUAUUUUUAUUAUUUUUUACUGUAUUACUUUUAAAGUUGCAAUAUGAAAUUGUUGUUUGUCAUAAAGAACAGUAGGAGAGGUGAAAGACUGUUGGCCACCUAUGAUGAUGCAUCUGUCUGCAAAGGAAAAUGUGCUCUCCCUUAAUUUCAAGGCCUCAACCAGUGAUGGAUAGAUGACCCAAUGCAAACUGGGAACUGAGAACACAGUUUUGCACUUCAGGGGUUUUGUUACAGUUUUGAGCAGUUCUCUUCUGAAUCGGUGCACAGGUCAAUCUCACGUCACAUUCCCCCCUUUUUUUAAAAUCUAAAUUUUAUUGGGUCAUCUAAUCUCAGAGACUUUGAAAUAUGGGGCACUUUUUUGUCUUAGAACCAGCUUCUGUAUGAUUCCAGCAUCAUCAUGCCAUUAUUUGAAUUUUUCCAUCCAUAGGUUCAGUAUAAUAGGGCAUAAUAGGAAUGAAUCUACACAAAGACAGUUCUCGUUUUCAGCUCUACGAAACAACCUGAGCCACCGGGCUGAGCAUGAGGUUUUCCAUUUUGCUGGAAUCAAGGAACAUGAAUUCAGCAAUAAUCUGUUUCCUUUUACAUGUCGAUGGAGCAAAUGCCUGAAUUUGAAAGUGUUCUUUUUUUUUUUUUCAUUUUUGAAAUACAGAAUACCAUGUAAAGGAUACAUCAUGCCAAUUAAAUUCCAUCUCUGAAUGCA